GAGAGAGAGAGAGAGAGAGAGAGAGAGAGGGAGAGGUUAGCAGUAUCGAUAGAUUCAGUUGCAGGAGUUGGGAUUUAUUUUAGAUGAGUGUUAGAUUUGGUCCAAUCAGCUCUGCAGCUACCCAACAAAAGACCCAGUUUUGAAAAAACAGAGGCAAGGCAAGGCCAGGCCAAGCAAAGCAGAGAGAAAAAAAAAAUUGUUAGUAUGAUUAGUUUAUAUUCUACCCAAUGAUUGAGUUGCCUUGCCACAAGAGAAACUUACCAACAAUCUCUGAUCAGAAUAGGGAGGAAGAAGAGAAAAGCUCAAACCUUGAGAGUGAGAGAGACCAUGAAAUCCAUGAGUAAUGAUGGUAGCAACAACAACGACAACAACAACAGUAAUAAUAACAAUAAUAACUGGUUGGAUUUUUCUCUCUCUCCUAAUAUGAAAAUGGAAGCCCCAUCUGAGCCUCAUCAUCAUCAUCACCAUCACCAUCACCAAAUUUCAGAGUCUUCUUCUUCUUCAGUUGCUGCUAUUGCCUCCUCUGUUCCAACUAGUUUCUUCCACUCCCCACCUCACUUCAACUAUGGAAUAUACUAUGGAGUUGAAGGAGAUACCAGUGCUGGCUUGUACUCUCCUUUGUCCAUGAUGCCACUCAAGUCUGAUGGCUCUCUCUGUAUAAUGGAAGCUCUCAACAGGUCACAGCAGCCUCAAGGAAUGGUAACAACAACUACUACUUCAACUCCAAAACUAGAGGACUUCUUUGGUGGUGCAACCAUGGGGACCCAUUAUGAAAACAAUGACAGAGAAGCUAUGGCUCUCAGCUUAGACAGCAUGUUUUACCAACAAAACAACCAUCAUGAGCCCAACAACCAAAACUUGAUCAACCAUCUUCAGCAGCAGCAGCAGCAGCAACAGCAACAGCAACAGCAGCAGAACCCCAGGCACCAAGAACAAUCAGUGCAUCAGGUUCAGGUUCAGGCCCAACAACAACAAUAUUCAUACUACUCUGGCCUCAGAGGCCAUGAGAUGAUGUUGGAGGAGGGGCACAAGGAAACCCAUCUUGCAGCAGAUAAUUACAAUCUCCAGCAGCCAAGAACGGGGCUUGAUCAGAGCAUUUCUGAGAUGAAGUGCUGGAUUUCAAGAAAUUAUGCAGCUAACCAUGCAAUGGAGCAUAAUAUGAUUGGCUGCAUGGGUGAUAAUGGGGCUGAAUCUGGGUCUAUUGGGGCAAUGCCAUAUGGGGAUUUACAGUCUUUGAGCUUGUCCAUGAGCCCUGGCUCCCAAUCAAGCUGUGUUACUGGUUCACAGCAAAUCUCACCUACUGUGGCUGAUAGUGUGACCAUGGAUACCAAGAAAAGAGGGCCUGAAAAGGUGGAUCAAAAGCAAAUUGUUCAUAGGAAGUCCUUGGAUACAUUUGGCCAGAGAACCUCUCAGUACAGAGGAGUCACAAGGCAUAGAUGGACUGGUCGAUAUGAAGCUCAUCUAUGGGACAACAGUUGCAAGAAAGAAGGUCAGAGCAGGAAGGGAAGGCAAGUUUAUUUGGGAGGUUAUGAUAUGGAGGAAAAAGCUGCAAGAGCUUAUGAUCUAGCAGCACUCAAGUAUUGGGGACCAUCCACUCAUAUUAAUUUCCCAUUGGAAAACUAUCAAAAAGAACUGGAGGACAUGAAGAACAUGACCAGACAAGAAUAUGUUGCCCACUUAAGAAGGAAAAGCAGUGGAUUCUCAAGAGGGGCUUCAAUGUACAGAGGAGUGACAAGACAUCAUCAACAUGGAAGAUGGCAAGCACGGAUUGGAAGGGUUGCUGGAAAUAAAGAUCUUUAUCUUGGGACAUUCAGCACCCAAGAGGAAGCUGCUGAGGCUUAUGACAUAGCAGCCAUAAAAUUCCGAGGACUAAAUGCUGUUACCAACUUUGACAUAACAAGAUAUGAUGUGGAUCGAAUUAUGGCAAGCAAUACCCUUCUUGCUGGAGAACUAGCUAAGCGAAACAAGGAGACCAUACCAGUUAAUGAGGCUGCUACUAAUCAAAACCAUGUUGCCCAAACCAGCAAUGGCGAAGCCAUUGUCUCACUGAAGAACAUUAAUGAAGGUGAAGAUUGGAAAAUGGCACUUUACCAGUCAUCCCAGCAGCUUGAUCAGAAGCAACCAAGCACUGAACCUCACAAUGCGAUUCAAGCCGAGGCGGAGGACUCUGCCAAAAUGGGGGCUGCUCACGUGUCCAAUGCCUCUUCCUUGGUGACAAGCUUAAGCAGCUCAAGAGAGGGCAGCCCUGAUAAGUCUUGCCUGCCAAGUUUCUUUGGAAUGCCUCCAGCUGCUUCCAAGUUCUUCACAAGUUCAAGUGACACAGUGAGUUCUUGGAUCCCAACAGUCCAAUCCAGGCCAGGACUCAUGCCUCACAUGCCAAUUUUUGCUGCCUGGACAGAUGCAUAGCCCUAAGCCUUUGUGUUUUUGCUCAUCUGUGGAAAGUUUUUGCUUCAAUUACAUGCAAACAAUAGUUCAUGUAGUUUUAUCUUACUGGAGGGGAAAUUGUGGUUAAUGAUGGCCUUGGUGGGGCCCUUUUGUGAACAAAGUAAAAGAAAACUUCACUCA